CUGCCAGCCUGCUGCCAGGUGCGCCGCCUCCCCAUGGGCCGGACUUUCUGCCCCGGCCUGCCUGCCCCGCCCCCGCAUGGCACCAGCCUCCCCGGCUCUGCUCCUCCGUGCUUGGCUUCCCUCCUGGUGGCUGGCAGGCUGCUGCAUUGCUCCUUGAUCGUUCAUCCGGCGCAGACGCCGUGCGCGCGAUAAAACCAGAGCCCCGUCCGUGCGGCGAUAGCCAGCGCAUCUCUGCUCUCCCCGCCGCGACGCGUGCUCUGCCGACGUGACACCUCCACCCGUUAUGUCCGCCCCGGAGGUCAAGAAAGUCGGCGUGUCGGAGCUCGAAGACAUUGAGCACCAGCAGCCGCAGCUCCUCGCGAACGACGCGGAUGAGGAGUUUGGCGGUACGGAGGAGCGCAAGAAGCUCGAGAAGAAGCUGCUCAGGAAACUCGACCUCCGACUGUCCAUCCUCAUUGUCAUCUACAUCCUCAACUACAUUGACAGGAAUAACGCGUCAGCCGCGAGGCUACGUGGGUUCGAGGACGACCUCCAUCUCAAGGGCCAGGAGUUUAACACGCUCCUGAGCAUCCUCUAUGUCGGCUACAUUCUCAUGCAGGUUCCCUCGAAUAUGCUACUCAACUACAUGGGUCGACCUUCCAUCUACCUGCCCUGCUGCAUGAUGGUCUGGGGGAUGAUAUCCUGCCUUACAGGAGUCACUACAAACUUCAUCGGUGCGCUCAUGACGAGAUUCUUCCUCGGCUUCUGGUACAAACGCUCUGAGCUCGGCGUGCGCACCGCCGUGCUCUCGUGCGGCAGUCUCAUCAGCAAUGCAUUUGGAACCUUGAUCGCCUCCGGUAUCCUCGAUGGCAUGGAUGGCAGGCUCGGACACUCCGCCUGGAGAUGGCUCUUCUUCAUCGAAGGCGCGCUCACGAUCUUCGUCGCGGCCUGCGCGAUCUUCGUGCUCCCCGACUUCCCCUCGACGUCGCACGGGUGGCUCAGCGCGCUCGAGGUGCGCCUCGCCGAGAAGCGCAUGGUCGAGGACGUCGGCGUCUCGGACGAGACCGCGGACGCCGCGCAGAGCAGCCAGGUCGCGGGGCUGCGGAUGGCGCUCACGGACUGGAAGGUGUGGUGCCUCGCGCUCGCGCUGACGAGCAUGGUCAUCUCGCUCUCGUUCAACGCGUUCUUCCCGACGCUGAGCGCGACGAUGGGGUAUUCGAGGACGGUCACGCUGCUGCUGUGCGCGCCGCCGUGGGGGUUCGCGACGUUGGUCGCGUUUGCGGUGACGAGGCAUUCUGAUAAAGUCGGAGACCGGUUCUGGCACAUCGCCAUCCCACUGGUAUUCGGCAUCGUAGGCUUCGUGAUCGCGGCGAGCACGAUGAACACGGCUGCGCACUACGUCUCAUUGUUUUUGAUGGCGCAGUCCUACGCCGCAUUCAUCACCUUCCUCGCCUGGGUGAGCAACUCGAUCCCGCGCCCGCCCGCGAAGCGCGCCGUCGCGCUCGCCUUCAUCAACGCGUUCUCGCAGCUCGGGAACGUCGCCGGCUCAUACGUAUGGCCGACAGGAUGGGGCCCGUCCUACCGCUACUCGUACGCGAUAUGUAUCGCGACGAACGGGUUCUGCAUACUGGUGUGCUACGCGUUCAAGCGCCAUCUGGAGCAGCUCAACAGGCGGUUUGAAAAGCGGGAGCAGGAAGAGGGCCUGCCGAAGGGUUUCCGCUACUUGACAUGACCGUGCCAGAGCAUGACGUGUACUCGAUGAUAUUCAUGCCCUUCCAAAGUUACUCUACGGUUACGACUGCACGCACAAUGUAUUAUUACCCGCACUACAACUGGUUAAGAGUC